CGACGUUAAUAGAGCUCCCGAAUACGCAACAAUAGUACAUAGCAAUAUCUCAGCUCCCUCCGCCUCUGCCUAUCACCUCCCAGCCAUGGAUUUCUACUACAGACCCGGAUCUGCCCCCUGCCGAUCUGUUCUUAUGACAGCCAAGGCCAUUGGCUUGGAAUUCGAUAAGAAAAUCAUCAUCAACACCCGUGCCGGGGAUCAGUUCAAGCCGGAAUACCUGAAGAUCAAUCCACAGCACACGAUUCCGACCUUGGAUGACAAUGGUUUUUCGUUGUGGGAGUCUCGUGCCAUUAUGGUGUAUCUCGUGGAGAAGUACGGCAAGGAUGACAAGCUCUUUCCCAAGGACGUUCAGAAACAGGCCCUGAUCAACCAGCGUCUGUACUUCGAUAUGGGCACCCUCUACAAGAGCUUUGCCGACUACUACUACCCGCAGAUCUUCCAGAAACAGGCGCCCAACGCGGAGCACUACAAGAAAAUCGAAUCGGCCUUCGAGAUCUUCAAUACGUUGCUCGAGGGACAGACCUAUGCAGCUGGGGACUACAGCGUAGCUGAUAUUGCCCUCUUGGCCACGGUGUCCACCUUCGAUGUGGCCGGCUUUGACUACAAGCGAUAUGCCAAUGUGGCCAAAUGGUACGAGCACGCCAAGGAGGUUACGCCCGGCUGGGUCAUCAAUUGGACUGGAUGCCUGGAGUUCCGCAAAUACUUCGACAACUGAUCGUUCAUUCGUUUUAUUGCACUUGGUUCUUAUGAAUAGACA